AGUUCAGCAAAGUACCGUUAUAUGGCGUUGGUGGAAGUUGUGUAGAAGGGAGAACAAUGGAUAGUAAUAAAAAUUAAUUAGUGCAACGAAAUUAAUUAAAUAAGAUUUCGCAAGAUGUUGUUUGUAGAUAAAACUGAAUUGACGUGAUUCAUUCAUUGUAGUGAAAUUAAGACGGAACUAAUCAAUUGAAAAUGAACGAAUUUACGUAGCGUAAAGUCAACUCUGUACUUUGAAGUUUUGUUCAUUCCAUUUCACUGGAAAAGGACUGUGCUUCUUUGAAAGCAUUAACAUGGUAGAUGAACUUCUGAAUGGUAUUGAGGCAAACAAAAAUUAAUUUCCCAUAUGAAGACAUGUGAUGUCAAGAAACACAUCAUUCUAUAGAAUGCAUUGCCGGUUGUGUCAGUAUCUAAGUACAAGAGGAGAAUACAUCUGAAAUAUUAUUUGCUCUAAGGAUGGCUUCAAGCAUGGAAGUUUACAAAUGCUCAUUGCCUGCAGCAGCUAAACAGCAUGCAGCUGAAUAUCUCCAUGAACAAGAGGAGAGAAGGAGUGUUGACAUUUGUCAAAUAUUGGAUUGGCUGCAGACCCAACCCCACCUUCAUGCACGAUGUGAACCAGUAAAUGUGGUACGUUUUUUGCGUGGCUGCAAGUUUGAUCUUGAGAAAACAAAGCGCAAGUUGAGUAACUACUAUGAGUUACGAGCCCACUGUCCUGAAUGGUUCCGCCAGAGAGACCCCUGUCUACCUGAAAUUCAAGAGCUUCUUCGACUUGGGGUGUUCCUUCCUUUGAGACAUCGGGAUUCCCAUGGGCGCCUUGUUGUCUUGAUUCGUGCUGCUGCUCAUAAUCCAAAAAAGCAUCUGCAGAGUGAUGUGUUCAAAGUUGGGAAGAUGACAUUGGAACUAGCACUGGAAGAAGAUGAAACCAUAUCAGUAUUUGGCGUAGCAGCUGUGUUUGACUUGAGUGGUGUUACCCUUGGUCAUGCCAUGCAGUUACCUCCUCAUGUUGUCAAAAAGGCUGUGCAUGCGUGGCAGGACUGCUAUCCUGUGCGUACAAAGAGUUUAGAUUUUGUUAAUGCACCUCCGUAUGUUAAUGUGGUGCUGAAUAUUUUCCGUCGGUUCAUGACAGAGAAGCUGCGACAGAGGGUACAUGUGCAUGGACGCAAUCUGGCAUCACUGCAUACUGUUGUGGCACCCGAACUACUGCCCAGAGAGUAUGGGGGGACAAAUGGCACACUUCAGGAUCUCAUUGAUUAUUGGCAGCACCAUGUGACGGAGAAACGAGAGUGGUUCCUUCAAGACGAGAAGUACACAGCCACCAUCAAAUGACUGUUUUCCAUGAUAGUUUUGUAAUUCGUAUUUUUAUAUUAUGAUUUUUAAAAGAGAGAAGAAUGGCUGUAGUUAAGAUAUUUUAUUUUUAGAGAAUGAUACUUCAUAUAUAAGUUAUAUAUACAGAGUACAGUACACACACACACACACACAUUGCUAUAUUGUUACUUGACAAGCACCAGAUGUUAUGGUCAAAUGGGUAGCAUUUCUGCUCUGUAUUGAGGAGGUAACGGGUUCAAAUCUCAGCUGGGGACCACUUGUAUUAACAGGUUUUUGUGAUUUUCUUCAGUCCCUCCUAGCAGAAUACCUAAAACUAGGCCAUGGCCACUUCCUCCCACACCCUUUUGCAUUCAGUAGCCACUCUUAUCAUUUGAUGCUGUAUAAUUUGCACAGUUGCAAGCAUGAUCAUAUAAACCAAAAGUAAAUAAAAGAAAUCCAUUGAACUGCUGUUGCAGUGAUGCUUGAUAAAGAAAA